AUGAAGGUUCCAUCCAAGACACUUGUAGUAGCUGCUACAUUCAAAGUUACUGUAGAUGCAUUUCAGGUUCCUUUAAGAUCACCGUUAACAGUCAGCAAUCAGAGACAGAAAACUCUGCCUUCCUUCACCACGACAAAGGCACUUCCCCGGCAACAAUCGAGGAAACCCCUUCCGUUUCUGUCUCAGAUUAGAUCAAAUUUGGAUGAAAGUGAGGAAAUUGAUGUCGUUGUCGAGAACGACGAUACUGGGAGCGACGGUGAUGGUCAACAUAGUACCAUCGUUGACCAAUUAUCGUUGGAAGAACAGAAGGAGUUGAUCUUGCGUCAACUCAAUAUGGUAGAUGAAGACGAAGACGAUUCUGAUUUUGAUAUGCAACAGCAAGAGAAUGAUGCAUGUUUUCGAUCGAAUAGUAUCGAUGAUGAGGAUGGUGACUACUACAACUACUAUGAUGAUUCUGGUCAUGAAAGUCAACAGAAUCAUGUUGACGAUGCCAACGACACUUACUAUGGCUAUGACGAUGGUCCAGGAGGUUCAUCUCCAAGAGAAAGACGACAAAGGCGACAACGAAGAAAUGGUUCAACAUCGCUCGGUGCAACAGCGAGCGAGUUGGCAGAUGCUGCGAUUCGAAUUGGUGGGAAAGCAACGAAUGUGGCCAAGAAAACUACUGAAAGAGCAUGGCAGAGUCUGGUUGAAAACACCUAUGACGACGAUUACGACGACGAAGAACACGAGACUCCUCCCGGCCAGCGCCGGAGAAGUGUAUCCAGUCAACCGUCACGCAGUAAUAGCAGACCAAUGAGUCGAUACGCGCGAGAACGAAUGAGAUCAUAUGCGGACAGCCCUCCAAGGCAACGAACACGACAACGACAGAAUGUCGACGAGUUUGCAACCAGGCGCCCUCAGGACGAUCCAAGAGAAGAAGUAUUUCAGAGGCAGAGCGAUAGAAUAAGGAGAGAUACCAACAUUCGAGCUUCAAGGCCGCCAAGAAGGCCGAUUGAAAACUCCGCUGAAAACUUCACUGAUGGAAUGGAACCAACCGAUGAGACUCAACCACCUCCCUCCAGACGGAAAGAUGCGAACAUGCGAACUUCAAGACCACCAAGGAGGUCAAUCGAAAACCCUACCGAAAACUCGAGCGAUGGAAUGAAAGCAACCGAUGGGACUCAGCCAUCGCCCUCCAGACGGAAAGAUACCAACAGACGAGCUUCAAGGCAACCGAGAAGGCCGAUCGAAAACCACACCGAUGGAAUGGAAGCAACUGACGGGACUCCCCCACCACCCUCCAGUCGUCGGCGGAAAGAAAUCUCGAACAAACGAACCAGUCCCAACGAAAGCCAGGAAAGCCAGGAAACUGCACCUGUAGAAAACAAUGAUUCCACUACAACACAACGUCAGAGCAAGGAUCCGUCGUGGAAAUCCAUCUUGGAGAAGACAUCCAAGGUGGCUUCCAAGAAAGCGAAGGCAAUCCCUCAGAGAAUUGUCGCCAAGGCCGAGAAAACUGCAAAAAAGGCCAAAGACAUGUCUUAUAAAGUGGUUUCCAAUCUGCUCGAAGACGACGAGGAGGAAGACAAGAGAGUGGAUCCCAUCGUCAUGGAUGCAGUGGUUGAAGCCAAAAAAAUGGAGCGAAUCGUGGAGGCUGAACCGAUUCCCAUGGAUGAGUGGCCCUCAACUGCAUCUUGGAGGAGCACCCAGCAGCAGCCUCCAGUCACACCCAAUCGAUCUGAAAGUGCACGAGAUACUACCAUUGAGGGUGCGCCAUUCCGACCGAGAACGAGACGCAGGCAACAAACAACACCGCAACCUCCUAAACGAAGAAGGGCUAGACCAAGUCGGUCUCGAAAGUCUGAUAGUGUUAUGAAUAAUGUUGUUGACCAAGAAGACCCAGAAGAGGAACAGCAAUACUACUAUGGACUAUUUCAGUUGCCACCAGCCGACAGAUCGUUUGAGGAACCAAACGCGGGACAAGAAACGAUAGGAGCAAAUGGAUCAUCAGACGAACCAUCAGGACGUACUCCCAGUCGCAGAGUAUACUCACCGUACGACAACCAAUACAAACGGCGAGGCCGUGGUGAUUACGAAGACUACGAAGAUAUGGGCGAUGAGUACACAGAUGGUGUUGACAGAAUGGGAAAUUUUGUUGCUGGAGCAUUCGAUACAUUCUUGUGGGGCCGAAUGGACGAAGAUCGUCCCAUUCGAAAUCGUUCGCGUCGCCGCAAGCAGGAACCAAAUGGUCGUCAAACUACAGACAACAAGACUGGUGGUCCCAAGCGACACAAGCGUAGUGGUCAUUGGAGGGAUCGCAUGGAAGAACAAUUUGACGAAUUCCUUGGGAUUCAUGAGGACGGUAAAUAUUACGAUCGUUGGGCCAAUCAAGACUCAGAACUUGAAAAAAAGCAAGAGAACAACAGGAAAAAGAAUGGGACUGAUCACGAUCCAGUUUCCUUUGCCCGAGGUGAAGUUGGCCGCGGGAAUCGUCGUACCAAAAGUCGCCCCAUCUGGGAAAAUGAAGAUUCUCUCUUGUCCGUACUCUUUGGCACUGACAAUGACACUAUCCGUCGCAAUGCCCGCUUGUAUCGCUCCAAGUCCAAUCUACCCUUCUUUGGCAGCAAUCAAGGUUCGAUCUUGCGAAUGGUUCAAUCAGUGCUACAAUCGGUUGCUUUGGUCGCUGGCCGUGUCAGUCAAUGGGCUAGUGUCCGGGGCUCCUUGCCCCAGCCUGUCAUUGUGGUGGGACUCUUAUCAGCCCUGCUAUCAGCACGUCCUGGAAAGCGUUGGCAGACGGUGUUAUUCGUCACGCUGGCCCUCCGUAUGAUGGGAGAAUUGCUACAUGGCUACAUGUACGACGAUUUGGACUUUGAAGAUGACUUGUCGGUAGUCAACCACAAGGACGACCAGAACAGCGAGUUGGGAGAUGAUGACUUUGAGAAAUACGACGGAAGCGAUUUCAUGUAG